AUGGGUUCAGUCUCUGGAAUUGAUGCUGUUUGGGCAUGGAAUGAGCAUGUUCCCACCUUUAUCGACGAGACCGUGAGCGACCUUGUUCAGAAACAGGUCAAGCUGCGACCAGAUGCACUUGCGGUCGAUGCUCACGAUGGCACUUGGACAUAUGCAGAGCUUGAUGCUGCAGCAAACCGGGUUGCCCAUUAUCUGAGUGACCUGGGCAUUGGGCCCGAGGACGUUGUACCACUGUGCUUUGAGAAGUCGCGGUGGGCGAUUGUCGCGAUCCUCUCAGUUCUGAAGACCGGAGCUGCGUUUGUCUUCUUGGAUCCCUCACAUCCAGUGGACCGGAGGCAGUACAUUACUUCGGAAGUUGAAGCCAAAGUAAUCAUCUGCUCUCCAUCACAAAUCCAUCUCUAUGAGUCUGAAUGUCCGCCUACAUUCAUGCUUAGCGAGGACAGCUUGGAAAGCCUACCUGAGCGGGAUGUGGCUCGAAAGACUUCAGCCGCGCCCUCCAACCUUCUAUACGUGAUCUUCACGUCCGGGUCUACCGGCAACCCCAAGGGUUGUCUCAUCGAGAACCGUGCAUUCCUCAGCGGCUCACUACGGCACGCUGAACGUGCGGCCAUCGACCACACUACACGCAUAUUGCAGCUCGCAUCCUACAGCUUUGAUGUAAGUAUGCUCGAAAUCCUCACCGCCCUGGUUCACGGCUCUUGCAUAUGUACGCCGGACAUGGCAUUGAUGGCCAAUGGCCCCGCCUGUAUCGUCAACGAAUAUAAAAUAACCUGGGCGUUCAUGACACCUUCGUUGGUCAAGCUCAUGGCGCCAAACAUGGUUCCAACCCUCAAAACGCUGGCUUUGGGUGGAGAGCCACUUUCGAAGAUUGACGUCGAGACAUGGGCAAGCGAGCUUCAACUCAUCAACGGCUACGGACCUAGCGAGUGCUCUGUUGCAGCCACCGGCAACACUGAGAUGACCCCUGAUACCGAUCCCGCAAACAUUGGCUUCCCAGUCGGAGGCAUUUGCUGGAUCGUGGAUGCCGAGGAUCACGAUCUAUUACUAGCUCCUGGAGAAGUUGGCGAACUUCUCAUCGAAGGACCUAUUCUCGCUCGUGGAUAUCUCAAGAACAAGGAGAAAACUGACGAGGUAUUCGUCGAGCGGCCUGCUUGGGGUCCUACAACUAAGACAGGGGAAAAUAGGAGGUUCUACAAGACUGGUGAUCUCGCAAAAUAUUUACCUGAUGGCUCCAUCUACUUUGUCGGACGAAAGGAUACUCAGGUAAAACUGCGCGGCCUCCGUAUUGAGCUGGGCGAGAUUGAGCACAAUAUCGGCACGCAUCCGCAGGUUCGACAUCAAAUGGUUAUUCUGCCAAAAAAAGGCUCAUUUGCCAACCGCCUAGUAGCGCUUGUAUCGCUCCGGGACUUCUUGGUCGAAAGCUACGAGGCUGUCGAGUCGACCGUUUACCUCCACGAAGAUCUUCACAGUGAUGAGAUCAAGACUCACCUGGAAUCAAUUCGGCAAGGCUUGGCAUCCAAAGUUCCUGAAUACAUGGUUCCGGAGACCUGGAUUGUUCUUGAACGGUUUCCCCUCUUGCUCUCUGGAAAGCUCAACCGCUCUUUGGUCAGCAAGUGGGUCGCUGAAGCAAAUGAAGACCUCUAUAGACAAGUCGUUGGCAUUGACUUCGAGGAGGUGGUUGACGCGGAUACACUGGGAGGCAGCGAGGAAAAGCUACGCGACAUCAUUGCGGCUGUUCUCAACUUGCCUCCUUCCAGCGUCAGCCUCUCCAAGUCCUUCCUCAGCCUGGGUGGUGACAGCAUCACUGCAAUGCAGGUCAUGUCUCGCUGUCGUAGUGCUGGACUUGCUGUUAGCGUCAGAGACAUCCUUCGAAGCAAGUCAGUAACCGAGCUUUCGCUUUCCGUGAAGUCUGCGAAGGAGACUUCAUACUCUACCGAUGAGGUUUUCGACGUAGCAUUCGAAUUGUCGCCUGUGCAGCGCAUGUACUUCGAUAUCGCUCCUACUGAAAUCGACGAUGCUCGGCAAACUCGGUUCAACCAGAGCUUCUUCCUCAGGAUCCAACAACCAGUGUCGCAACUGAACGUUGCAAAGGCCCUUCAGGCUGUCGUUACCCAACACUCAAUGCUUCGCGUGAGAUUUGUUCAGGAUGGCGUAAAAUGGAUGCAAAUCAUCCCUUCUAAGGUUGAAGACACUUUUAGUUUCGCAACCUUCAACAUUGAUUCAGUCAAUGAUGCUUACCCCAUCAUGGCUGAGACACAGACUUCGCUGGACACUCGCAACGGCCCGAUCUUCGCCGUUGUGUUGUUCAACACCUCUACUGAUGGCCAGUAUCUUUUCCUUGUCGCUCAUCACGUUAUGAUUGACUUGGUUUCAUGGCGUGUCAUCCUUCGUGACAUUGAAGAAUUUCUGACAAUUGGCUCACUGACUGCGGCAAAGCCAAUCCCUUUCCAGAACUGGCUCAGCUUGCAAGCAGAGCAUGCGCGCGCCACGAAUAUCUCCAGCGUCUUGCCUUACGAUAUUCCCGCACCUGAUUUCGACUACUGGAACAUGUCCAGCAAGCCCAACCGCAUGUGCGAUACUAAGGAAGCCGUCAUCAAACUCGACCUGACACAAACCAAGGAACUACUGGAAGGCUCGUGCCACGCCACGUACAAUACAGAACCUAUCGACGUCCUGCUUGCAUCUCUUGUGUACUCAUUCAGCCAAACUUUCAGUGAUCGCGCAGUGCCGGCGUUAUUCAGGGAAGGCCAUGGCCGCGAACCUUGGGAUGAUGACCUGGAUAUAUCUGGAACCGUCGGAUGGUUUACGACUAUGUAUCCUCUGCAUGUCGAGAUGCAGCAGCGUUUCGACAUUUUAGAAGUGAUCAAGCGAGCCAAGGAUGUGCGACACAGUGUGCCUGCCAACGGUCGGCCAUACUUUGCAUCACGCUACCUCAACGAUGCGGGUAUUGAGAAGUUCGGCGGACAUGACCACGUGGAGCUGUCGUUCGAUUAUCUAGGUUUAUACCAGCAAAUGGAGCGUGCAGAUGCUCUGCUCACACAGGUUCCCGGAUACCAGGCUAUCUUCGAGGAUGUUGGAAAGGAGUCACCGCGCUUCGCACUUGUCGAGAUCACUGCAGAAGUGCUUCAGGGACAAAUGCAGCUUCUCUUUGUGUUUAACAAGCAAAUGAAACACCAAGGCCGGAUCCACUUGUGGAUGAGCAAUGCUCAGGCUUGCAUUGCAGAUGCUCUUGCGCAACUCCAGGGCCACGAGGAAGAACGAACCCUAUCCGACUUUCCGCUGCUGAAGCUGAGCUACGAGGACCUGGAUUUACUUGUUUCCACAAAGAUGCCUGAAAUUGGUAUCUCAGACAUCGCUCGUGUCGAAAGCGUCUACCCUUCUUCUCCUAUGCAGCAUGGUUUGCUCAUCAGCCAGGUCCGGGGAGGGUCGCAGGGUGCUUACGAGUACAACCACACACUCAAAGUCGAGACCCGUAAUGACUCUGAUGUCCUGGAUAUUGGCGCUCUGGAAUCUGCAUGGGCGCAGGUUGUUCAGCGCCACUCAUCUCUACGAACAGUAUUCAUUGAGAGUGUCAGUCAUGCGGGGUUGUACGAUCAAGUUGUCCUCAAGGCCAUUGACCCGAGUAUACAUAGCCAGGAGUGCUCUGAGUCGGAAGUUGAGCAGGUUUUUGACAGUCGUGGUAAGCUCGCCUUCCGUCCUGGCGAGGCACUACAUCGCUUUACUAUCUGUCACGUAUCCUCGACAACGGCUAUAUGCAAAUUGGAGAUCAAUCACGCUAUAAUCGAUGGUUCUUCCAUCGCCAACAUCAUGGGCGACUUCAUCCUAGCGUACGAUGGCCGUAUGUCCAACCGUCCUGGGUUUGCGUUCCAAGACUACAUUAAGCACGUUCUUGAUCGCCCUCUUAGCCUUGCUACCGAGUUCUGGCGACAGUAUCUUGUUGAUGUCAACCCUAGUUUCUUUCCUCUUAUGGCGCAUUGGGAGGAUGCCGUUGACCCUGCCCGCAAGCUAGAGACGGCCACCAUCGAUGUUGGGAUCUCAGCCGCAGAACUGAUGGCUUUCUGCGACACGAAGAAUGCCACUCUUGUCAACAUCUUCCAACUUGCGUGGGGCCUAGUUCUGAAGCAGCACAUCGGUACCGAGGAUGUCUGCUUUGGCUAUUUGUCCUCAGGACGCGACGCUCCACUUGAGGGUAUUGAGCAGGGCGUUGGUGCAUUCAUCACGAUGCUAGUCAGUCGCAUGGUUCUCGAUGACUCCCUAUCCAUGAAUGAUGCGCUUGAGAGAGUCGCUGAUGACCUGUUGAAGACCCUGCCAAACCAGCACUGUGGCCUCGCCGAGAUCCACCAUGCCCUCAAACUAGGCAGCCAGCCACUGUUCAACACGAUCAUCUCCUUCCAUCGCGAGACUGACCAUGAGCUGAUCACCGACUCGAGCAUCACGGUUGAAGCUAUCAAAGGCUACGAUCCCACUGAGUAUGCCUUGUCGCUAGAUGUGGGUGUUACGGAGUCAAAGGUAGACGUGACACUCCAAUUCUGGACGUCUGAAUUUACGGCUGCUCAAGCUCAGAAUAUUGGUGCGACACUCAGCGAAGCCGUGAAGGCUAUACUCUACCACUCGACCAAGCGGAUCGGUGAAGUCGAUCUUGUCUCUUCUUUACACAUCCAACAAAUGCGUAAUAUCACUGCGGUGUACCCACAGUACGUCAGCGAAUGUGUUCAUCACGCAAUUGAAGCCCAAGCGUAUGCCACGCCUGAGGCUGAAGCGAUCUGCUCGUACCAGGGUAGUUGGACCUACAAGGAGCUCAAUGAGCAAGCUAAUCGCCUUGCGCAUCAUCUCGCCUCUCUCGGCGUCGGUCCUGAGACUAUUGUCCCGUAUGUAUUCGAAAAGUCUGCAUGGGCGAUCGUCUCGAUUCUCGCUAUUCUCAAGGCGGGUGCCGCGGGAGUUGCAUUUGAUCCCAACCACCCUAUCGAACGUAUUGAGAGUCUUAUCGAACAGACCGAGUCAUUCAUCAUCCUUACAUCGACUCAAAACGCUGCAUUGUUCGCGAAUACCGCAAACCUGGAGGCAGUCAUCGUCGUUGACAAGGAUUUCAUCUUUGAACUUCCAGUUGCUACUAGACCAGCCUGUACCACUGUUCGACCAGAAAAUGCCUGCUUCGUGGUCUUCACCAGCGGAACCACGGGUAAGCCUAAGGGUAUAGUCUUGGAGCAUAGGAACAUGCGAACGUGCAGCACCUCGAUGGGCCCGGUACUCGACUUUGGGCCACACACCCGUGCCCUGCAAUUCGCAGCCUACAACUUUGAUGUCAGUUUGCAAGAUAUCGUGACCACGCUACAAUUUGGUGGCGCUGUCUGUGUCAUCUCAGACGAGGAACGCAUGAACGAUCUGGCUGGUGGAAUUAACCGUACGCAAGCAAACUGGGCUGAUCUUACUGCCACUGUUAGUGGUAUGCUAAACCCCAAGGAUGUGCCGUCUAUGCGACGCCUGAACAAUGGGGGAGAGCCUCUCAACCGCGAUGUUAUCGAGACUUGGGCAGACCACGUCCAGCUUCAUAAUCUGUAUGGCCCUGCCGAGACUACCGUGAACCAGACCGGUAGUAUUCGCUUGUCUCGAACAUCACCAGCUUCGAACAUUGGACCUGCAUUCGGUACUCACGUGUGGAUUGCCAACGAUCAAGACCACAACCGACUUGUUCCGAUGGGCUGUGCCGGCGAGAUCCUGAUCGAAGGACCAUUGUUGGCGCGUGGCUACCUCAAGGAGCCCGAGAAGACCGCAGCGGCGUUCAUCGAGAACCCCGCAUGGGUUGCAGAUUUCCCAGAUGCCAACGCUCUGUUACCUCGACGCUUCUACAAGAGUGGCGAUAUUGGUUGCCUCAAUACAGAUGGAAGCAUCACAAUUGUCGGCCGCCGCGAUGCACAGGUGAAGAUCAAUGGACAGCGUGUAGAGCUUGACGAGAUCAUGUAUCAAGCCCAGCUUUUGCUACCCGAAGGCUACUCCAUUGUCGUCGAUGCAGUGGCCAUUGAAGAGCAUACCAAGAGUAAGACAAUCGUAGGUUUUGUCACUAACCCAGCAUUCGCCAAGCACAGGAAGGCUGCCGAAGCGUCAACAUUUGAGAUCAACGAAGACUUGCGACACAUCCUCAAAGACCUUCAGAGCUCGCUCGCUAAGGUUCUGCCUUUCUACAUGAUCCCGUCGCUCUUCGUGCCGGUGUUCAACAUCCCGUACACAACUUCCGGAAAGCUUGCGCGCCCGGUUCUGAGACAGAUUGUAGCAAGCUUCACGAAGACGCAGGUGUCGCAUUACAUGCUACGCUCUGCCUCUACUGAUCAGCCUCGUACAACCAUGGAACAGAUCCUUCAGACCCUCUUUGCUGAAAUCCUCAGCCUUGAUCCAGCAACCAUUAACCGCGACGACAACUUCUUCGGACUGGGCGGUGACAGUGUUGGUGGAAUGAAGAUGGUCGCCGCUGCACGGAAGCACAACUUUGCUAUUCGCGUUGCUGACAUCUUCAAAUACCCGAUACUGAGUGAAUUAGCCGAAGUAGUGGAAGCAACUCAAGAGUACGCUCCUCAGGCAACUGAAGUUGAGGCUUUCGCACUGGUCGAGGAACAAGCAAAGACUUCUAUACUUGCAGAGGCUGCAACUCAAUGCAACACCGACAUUGCUGACAUCGAGGAUAUAUAUCCUACCUCAGCUUUACAGGAAGGUCUGAGAAAAAAAGGUGCCUACAUUGCGCAAAAGGUCUUCCGCCUACCCCAAGACUUCGACCUUUCUCGCUUCCAAGACGCUUGGAAAACGGUCAUUGAGAGAGAAGCGAUAUUGCGCACCAGGAUUGUCUCUUCGAGCGUAGGCAACCUCCAAGUGGUCACAAAAGCUCCAACGAUCUGGCAGACAGCCACUGAUCUAGAGUCGUUCCUCGCCAAAGAUCAGGCAACUGCCUUCAAGUAUGGAGACCCGCUCAUGCGUCUCGCUUCAAUUGGACAAGAGUACUUUGUUUGGACCGCUCAUCACGCAAUCUACGAUGGAUGGUCGCUUGCACUCCUGUUCGAGAAAAUCGGUCAAGCCUAUAACGGAGCAGAAGUCUCAUCGUCCACACCAUACAGGAAUUUCAUCGGCCGCCUUAACGAGACCUCCCGAUCUGCCAAUGUCGACUUUUGGAAAAACUAUCCUGAGGUCGGCCUCGGCUAUAGCGCGGCCGCGAAAAAAACAAUCGCCCUCCAAAGCUCGGCGCCCCAGCUUUCUUCAACCAUCUUGCCGUCGACAAUCAAACGUGCUGCUUGGGCUUUGACGAUCGCCACUUACGCCGACUCUGAAGAUGUUGUAUUUGCACAGACAUUGGCCGGCCGCAAUUUGGCGCUUGAGGGCAUUGAUAACAUGAUGGGUCCUACGAUUACUACUGUACCUGUUCGUGUGUCUGUUCCAAAGGAAGGCAUCACAGUCAAGGAUCUCCUGCAAUCUGUACAGGAUCAGUCAGUGGCUACUAUCGAGUACGAACACUUUGGCCUCCAGAACAUUCGAGAUAUCAGCAAGGAGUCGCGUACGACCAUCGAUUCCAUCACCAACCUGUUCGUGAUACAGCCGGCUGAGGACAGCUCGGAUACUGUUCUGGAUCUGGAGACAGUGCCACGUGCGGAGGAAAACUUUGACAACUUCCCGCUCGUCGUUCUUUGCAACCUUGGAAAAGACAACGAUUUUACCCUUGAAGCUAUAUACGAUGAAUCAAUCAUCCCGACCGAGCAAAUGACACGCAUGCUGCACCAGUAUGAACACUUUGUCAAGGAACUUUCGCUGGAUAUCGAGCGCCCGGUCGAAAAGAUCAGCUUGCUCAAUAGCUACGACUUCAAGGACAUCACCACAUGGAAUACCGAGUUACCGGCUGGCAUCGAUGCCCGCAUACCUGAUCUCAUCGCCCAGAAUGUUGCCACACGUCCAAACGCACAAGCUGUCUGCGCUUGGGAUGGAAGCCUGACGUAUCGCGAGCUUGACCUCAUUACCUCGAAGCUUGCAAAUCAUUUGACUACACUUGGUGUUGGCCCAGAAGUCCAGGUUGGUCUGUGCUUCGACAAGUCCAUGUGGAACAUUGUUUCCAUGCUAGCAGUCAUGCGGACAGGCGGUGUCUGCGUUCAAUUUCUGCCGAACUACCCCAUGCCACGUAUGCUCAGUAUCCUGGAAGACAUUGAAGCCGACGUUGUCCUGGUGUCACCUCAACAUGCUGGACUUUUUGAACGUGUCGUCUCAAAAGUUCUGGCCAUUGACCAAGCCUUCGUUGACUCGUUCCCUGCCAGCUAUAGCAAAUUUGAAGCACCAGAGUACUCGCCGGAUAAUGCAGCUUUCAUCGUCUUCACGUCUGGUUCAACCGGCAAACCCAAGGGCGUCAUUAUCGAACAUCGUGGUUUUUGCACGAUGGCGCACUACCAGCUGCCUCAGAUUCUCUUGGAGCCUGAUUCGCGAGUACUACAGUUCGCGACGCAUACCUUCGAUAUCUGUCUAUUCGAGUCCUUCGCACCGCUCGUGAAAGGUGCUUGUGUCUGUGUCCCAAGCGAGUAUGACAGGAUGAACAACUUAGUCAGCGCCAUAAACUCACUCAAUGUUGACUGGAUCAUCAUGGUCUCUACGGUAGCUGAUACCUUCCAUCCAGACCAGGUCCCUGGACUUAAGAGUAUCAUCCUGGGCGGCGAGCCACUCCGUGCCGACAUCCACGCACGUUGGGCGCCGCGCGUCAACCUCUUCAAUGACUACGGCCCGGCGGAGUGCUCAAUUCUGGCUGUUAUGACUCAUUCUCAUCUCGAGACCCCAUGCAGCAUGAUUGGAAAGGCCCAAGGUGGUCGCUCAUGGGUCGUUGAUAAGACUGAUCACAACCGCCUGGUUCCUGUUGGUUGCGUUGGAGAACUGCUGAUUGAAGGUCCUUUGCUCGCUCGAGGAUACCUCAAGAACCCUACCAAGACAAAUGAAUCAUACAUCUACGAUCCUACUUGGGCGACGCAGAUCUCGCCAAACCCGUCUCGACUAUACAAGACCGGCGACUUAGUCCGGUAUGUGCAAGACGGCAACAUGCUUUGUCUAGGUCGCAAGGACACGCAAAUCAAGAUUCGAGGUCUUCGCGUUGAGCUCGGCGAAAUCGAACAUCAUGUCAAGACAAGCGCAUUUGGUACACAAAAGCAGGCUGUGGAGAAGAUCCUUCUCGAGGGUGACGUUGACAAGGCCGCACUCGCCGCCUUUGUGGUUCCUUCUGUAGAGGACGUCGAUAAUGGCAACGAGGAAGUCAUGGCUCUCACUUCGGCUCUGCACGGCAAAUUCCACCAGCUAAAGGAGCAUAUCGCGCAGUCGCUGUCUUCCUACAUGGUUCCAUCCUUGUACAUUCCACUUCGGAAAAUGCCGGAGACUCAAACCAACAAGAUUGACCGCAACUCUCUGAAGCGCAUAGGUGCUUCAUUGACUCUCGAACAGAUCCAGCAAUACUCUUUGGGUGAAGAGGAAGACCUAGCAAAUAAACGUGUACCAUCUACACCAAUGGAGCUUGCUCUCCAGGGGCUCUGGGCUGAGCUUCUUCGCAUCGACACCACAUCUAUCGGCGCGGACGACAGCUUCUUCAGUAAGGGCGGCGACAGCAUCAAAGCCAUGCGGCUUACAUCGCUCGCUCGCUCAAACGGCAUCAACCUCAUCGUGGCCGAUAUUUUCAAGAAUCCAGUCCUUUGCGACAUGGCGAAGUGUGCUAGCGCAGAGACCCAAGAAGCUAUAGCUAGCAUUGAACCUUUUUCUCUCGUAUCUUCUGAGGAGAAUUUGAUCGAAGACGCAGCAGCGGUAUGCAAUGUCUCCAAGGACGAUAUCGAAGACCUUUAUCCUUGCACACCAUUGCAAGAAGCUCUCAUGGAGCUGGCGACUCAACAACAAGGUGCUUAUACUGCGCAAAGAGUGUUCAAAAUCGCGGCUGGUAUCGAUAUUGAUUGUUUCAAGAGCGCCUGGAGCCAGCUUGUGGAUUUGCACCCAAUCUUGCGCACUCGUAUUAUCUUGUCGAAGUCUUCUGGUGCUAUUCAGGUGGUGCUCAGGAACGGCCUUGAAUGGCAGCCCGAAAUCGCGCUACCUGACUACCUCGCACAGGAUAAGGCUACAUUCGUCAAGUACGGAAGCCCACUUGCGCGAUAUGCUUUGGAUUCUGAGCAUAGCCACUUCGUCUGGACAGUUCAUCAUGCUUUAUAUGAUGGACACACCGCUAUCAACCUGAUGGAACAACUAGAGAAUUUGUACAACAAACAGCAGAUUGACGCAGCACCUGGCUACAACCGGUUCAUCAAGAUGAUCACUGAGGUUGAUGCAAAGGAGUGUGCAGCUUUCUGGAAGAAGCAACUUGGUCAGGCCACGGCGAACAGCUUCCCAACCAUACUAGACGCAACAUAUCAACCCACGCCAGACUCCGAAGUAACACGUACUAUCGCAAUCUCGCGCGAUACCAGCAAGGGGUUCAUGCUUUCGACAAUUCUCCGCGCUGCAUGGGCCAUUGUUACUAGCCGAUUGCUCGGGUCUGAGGAUGUCGCAUUCGCCGCUACCAACUCUGGACGUAACGCCGCAGUUCAAGACAUCGAGAAUAUAGUUGGACCCACGAUCACGACGGUUCCGAUCCAGCUCCAGGUCAACUCUGCUGCUAGCAUCGCAAGUUUCCUCGCCACUGUUCAACAGCAAUCGACGGAAAUGAUCCCGUACGAGCAUGCUGGGCUUCAAAGCGUUUAUGCAAUGGCCGGGCAAAAGCAGAACCUCAAAAACUUGCUCGUCAUCCAACAGCCAUUUGGUGAAAUCAAAGAAAGCUCAAUCAUGGAGGAAGUCUUGGACAAAGGGCUCCUUCGUGGCUUCCAUAUCUACGCUGCCGUAGUCGAGUGCAUUGUCACUGGUGACGACAGCGUCGAUGUUGAGCUACAAUUCGACAGCAACAUUAUCCAAUGCGCCUCAGCAACGACUAUACUAGAGCAGUUCGAGUGCGUCAUCCAACAGCUAGUCAACGCUUCCGAGACCACAUCACUCAAGGACGUCAAUAUGAUGACGCCAGCACACUACCAGCAGAUAAUUGAAUGGAACAGCCGUGUGGAUAUCCAGGAAGUUGAUGAUUGCGUUCACAACAUAUUCCGGGAGCAAGCCAGGAUCCGCCCAGAUGCUACUGCAGUCACCUCAUGGGAUGGGGAGAUCACCUACAAACAACUUGACGAGCUAUCCGACAAGCUGGCUUCUCAUCUCGUUGAAAAAGGCGUGAAGCCAGAGUAUCUCAUGCCUAUGUGCUUCGACAAGAGUGUGUACACAGUCAUUACCAUGAUGGCUACGUUGAAAGCCGGUGGUGCGACUGUACAUCUCGGGAAGAACUCGCCUAUCGAUCGCAUGGCCGAGAUCAUUAGCCAAACGGGUGCUGCAUUUGUGCUUACGGACAACAUUCAUGCACACAAGUUCGAUGGGGUUAUAGAGACAGUUAUUGUGGACCAGAAGUUGCUCGACUCACUCACUUCUACGGCUUCUCUGCCCACAGUCUCACCGAACGACCCAGCCUUUGUUUUGUUCACUUCUGGAUCGACUGGAAAACCAAAGGGUGUAGUCGGAGAGCAUGCCUCCAUGUGCACGAGUUCCAGAGCUCAUGGAACCAAUCGAAAAGUCGGACCUUGGACCAGACUUUUCCAAUUCGCUGCUUACACCUUCGAUGUCUCGAUCGCAGAUAUUUUUACGACUUUGCAGCGCGGCGGAUGUAUUUGUGUGCCAUCUGAAGAUGAGCGCAUUAACGACAUCCCGGGUGCUAUCCGUCGCAUGAACUGCGACUACGCUUUCCUGACACCAACAGUUGCAGCUAUGCUGGAGCCAAAGGACGUACCGACACUCAAGAAGCUCAUUUUAGGUGGCGAGGCUGCUGCUCGAGAUACUGUCCGACGAUGGGCACCUGCAGUGGAUCUUAUUUUCUCGUAUGGUAUGACAGAAUGCGGUAUCCAUUGCGUCGACGCAGAUCCCAAAUCUCCUGAAACCGACCCAGCAGAUGUCGGCCGACCAAGUGGAUGCCACAUGUGGAUCGUCGAUGCUGAAGACCACAACAAGCUUGCUCCCUUGGGCGCUACAGGAGAGCUCGUUAUUGAAGGCAAGGUGGUGUCACGUGGUUACCUUGGCGACGAGGCAAAGACCGCCGCUGCCUUCGUCGUCGACCCAACGUGGUCUCAAGGUAGCGGUAAAACCCGACGCAUGUACAAGACUGGCGAUUUGUUCAAAUAUGGUCCAGAAGGUCAGCUCCUCUGCUGCGGCCGCAAGGAUUUCCAGGUCAAGCAUCAUGGGCAACGUAUCGAGCUUGCCGAGAUUGAAGCCAACAUUCUCGCCGAUCCACGUGUUAAUCAAGCAGUCGUACUUCUCCCCAAGGCCGGCCACCUUCAGAAGAAGCUCGUCGCAGUCCUCUCGCUUGAGUCUUUAUCGCAGACUCUUAGCCCUGAGACUCAGCUCAACCUUGUCACCGGACUUGACAAGGGUCUCGCAGAUGUUCAGACUGCAGCUGUGCGCAGUUACGUUGCCACAAAGGUACCGGAUUACAUGGUGCCUGCAGUCUGGAUAGUUGUCCAAGCCAUGCCACUCACACCAAACAACAAGAUGGAUCGAGUCACUGUAACAAAAUGGUUAGUAGAAAUGGAACAGGAAACGUAUGAAAUGGUGGUCGGCAGCGACGAGGAAGAGGAGGGAGGCGCACCAGCUACAGAGCAACAGAAGCGUGUACACGACAUUUUGAGCAAUGUGCUAGGUCUGCCAAAGGUUAACAUGAAUCGCUCUUUCCUUGAUUUGGGUGGAGAUUCAAUUGCGGCUAUGAAUUUGAGAUCUAAAUGCCAGGCUUCUGGCAUUCUGCUGUCGGUGAAAGACAUUUUGGUAUGCGAAAGCAUAUCGCAUCUUGUGCUUGAGGCGAAGUUUGAAGGGACUGAGGAAGAGGAGGAUAUUGUUGGAAAACCUUUUGCGCUUACGGCCUGGCAGCAUGUUUUGCUGGAGCAAGAGGUGGAAGCUCAAAAGAUUAUGCUGCCUUUGGCGACAAGGACGACCGUCCCCAAGCUUGUUCGAGCUAUCGAAGCUAUUAUGCAGCAGCAUCCAAUGCUUCGCGCACGCUUUCAGCGCAAUGCGGAGGCUACCUGGAGUCAGGUUAUCACCAAGGAACUCGCGUCAAGCUACAAGUUCGAGGCGCAAACCCGUAGCACUACCACCGACGUCAAGGCCUUCUUGGCUGCCAUGCAGCCUGGACUGAACAUUGAGACCGGCCCACUGUUCUCGGUGCAUCUAUUUGAUCUCACCGAAGACUCGACACAACAAGCUUUGGCACUCACCAUCCAUCCAGUGAUUGCUGAUGCUGCUUCCGUGCGCAUCAUUCUCCAGGACAUUCGCGAAUUGUUACAAGGAAACAUGAUGUCUAUCCACUCUGAUAUGUCUUUCCAGUCAUCAAUCUCCGUGGACACAUCAGCCGCCGCAAUUGGAGCCUCAGCGGUCGAUCUGAACCGCUGGGGCAUUGAAGACAAAAGAAUGCUUACCAGAAACCUGGUCGAAAAGUCUAUCACUCUGCCUUCCGGUAUCACCUCUUCUCUAAUUGGUACCGCCAACAAGGCACUCUCUACACAGCCGAUCGACAUUUUGGUUGCUGUUCUAUCCAAGGUCUGGAGUACCAUCUUCGGCCGUACUGCUUCAAUGGCAGUCAAGGACGGAUCCAGGACAAACCGUGUUGUAGGACAAUUUGACCGGGUCCGGCAGCUGCAUGAGACCACAACCGAUGAGUUCGUUCAACUUCUCAGCGAGAUCAAGGACGAUCGCAUCUUUGAGUGCAUGAGCUCAACGUUGACUGCUGGCCUGCCUGAAGUUGUGGAAGUUCUCAUUGAGUCCAUUGACCACAAUUCUUUUAGCAGCGGCGAAUAUCUACACCGUUCAUCUGUUCACAUUCCGGCCGUCCUCGCCGUUUCAGCAGCCGUUGCGAACGGCGAGAUCAAGAUCAGGUUUACUCACAGCUCUGAUCUGUCGCAGCAAGAGACUCUAGCCACAUUCAUCGGCGUCGUCGAGCAAACCAUCCCCACCGUUGCAAGGACGCUGUCCGACAUGUCACGCAAGCCCACAUUGGCUGACUUCCCUCUUCUGGACAUGGAGUAUCCUGAUCUCCCCGUUCUGGAGAAAACAUUUGCCAACAUCAACGUAUCCUAUUCAAAUGUGGAAGCAAUCGUUCCUUGCACGCCUCUUCAGCAGCGCAUGCUCAAUGCCCAGACAGAGGUUCAUGGAGCUUGGCAGUCCGAUAGUGCGCACAAGAUCACCUCAGGUGGACACCUCGAUAACGAUAUUGUGCGCAUACAGCAAGCUUGGCAGCAAGUCAUUGCUCGCCACGAAGCCAUGCGAACCAUCUUCAUCCCAAGCGUGUCUCGCUCCUUCGGGUCCGACCAGCUUAUCCUCAAAUCGUACCAGCCGUUGGUCGACGUGAUUGAAUGCGACGAAGCCAACAUCCAACGUAUCAUCGCGAACCAUCAUACUGUCGUCCAUUCAAGCUACAGGCCGCAUGUUGGUUUCACGCUCUUCAGAACUCCAUCAGCCUUGUACUCCAAGAUUGAGCUCAGCCAUGCAAUGCACGAUGGCAUGUCUAUCCGAAACAUCUUCCACGACCUUGUCCUUGCCUAUCAAGAAUCUUUGCCAUCAGGACCCGCAGCCGGCUUCCGUGAGUACGUCAACUGGGCCGCCCACCAAGAUCUGAGUGCUUCCGAAGCCUUCUGGGACGAGUAUCUCAGGGAUGUCUCACCCUGCCAUAUUCCACGCAAGGUCGACGAAACAAUCGAGAAGCGCAGCAACGUCUUGACUCCAGUCCAAAUCCAGAUCGAUCUCGCCUCCGACGUAAUCAACACCAUGUGCCGCAAAUACAAGGUCACCUCCGCCACUCUAUUCCAAGCUGCGUGGGUCCUGGUUCUACGCACCCUCGCGGAACAAGACGACGUCCUCUUUGGCUACCUCACUGCCAAUCGCGAGCUCAACAUUCCUGGUUGGGCCUGCCGCAUCAACGUCAAGUCUGAUGACAAGAUCACCGAGGUUUUGAAGCAAACACAUGACUCUUUCCUUUCAACGCUUGAACAUCAGCAUUCGUUCGUCUCGUCUGCUUCAGCGAAGGAAUCUCUUGAUGGCGAACGUCCUUUCAACACUUGUAUGAGUAUCGAGUAUGCCACUGGGGGUAUCCAGGCAUCAUCCGCCACUGAUGCAGCGGUACAAACACCGAGCUUGUCAUUUGAGUCGGUUCAUGAGUCAAGGGCACCAGAGUUUGAAGUCGCGCUUGGUGUGCUGGUUGGUGACAAGAACGUCAAGGUGCAGUUGGGCUACCACGCUGGCGUUAUGGAGGAGUCUAUGAUGGAUAGGCUUGCUCGUAUGUAUGGGGAUGUGGUGAGGGAGAUGGUUGAGGGAGAUGGUCUUGCCGGAGAAGUGCGAGACUUGAAGGCUCUUGCCGCCUGA